AUGGACAGGCAGCAUCUCUUCCAUGCUACGGUUGCACAAUGCCAGCACGCACUACUGAUGAAUCAAACGGCCAUUGCCUUAAUUAAAAGAAGAAGACGUAGGAGAAGGAGACCACGAAGGUAUUGGGUCCGCCCCUGGCUGUCAGUGCCAAGAAGAUUACAGUUCGGUAACUACAAUCAACUUCUGCAAGAACUGAGGUUAGAAGAUGAAAGUGCAUUCCAUAAUUAUCUUAGAAUGGAACCAGCAAUGUUUGAUGAAAUUCUGGGUAGAGUUGGCCCAAGAAUAGCAAAGCUAAACACCAAUUUUAGAGCAAGCUUGGAGCCUGGUCUUAAGCUUGCCAUAACCCUAAGAUUUCUAGCCACUGGUGACAGAUACACUAGCCUUCAAUACCAGUAUCGAGUGUCGCUUAGUGCUAUAUCUAAGUUUGUACCAGAAGUGUGCAGAGCAAUCCGUGAGGAAUACAAGGAAGAAGUCGUCCAGUGCCCAACAAACCCACAAGAGUGGCAGACUAUUGCAGACGAUUUUUAUAAUCGCUGGAAUGUCCCUCAUGCGUGCGGUGCCAUCGAUGGGAAACACGUAGCUGUACGAUGCCCUCCUAACACAGGCAGCCUUUACCAUAAUUACAAGGGUUUUUUCUCUGUUGUUCUGCUGGCAUUAGUGGAUGCCAACUACAAAUUUCUAUGGUGUGAUGUUGGCGGCUUUGGUACAAUGUCUGACUCUCAGAUAUUCAACGAAUCAGAACUGAAGCAGUGCCUUGAAGACGGUACAAUCAACUUUCCUGCCCCUUCGCCAUUGCCACAUGACGACCAGGAUACACCGUUCUUUUUCCUUGGUGAUGAUGCCUUUGCCCUGAGGACCUAUAUGAUGAAACCUUACUCUUCAAGGGGGCUCACAAAGGAACAACAAAUUUUCAACUACCGUGCAUCUCGUGCCCGGCGUGCUGUUGAGAAUGCUUUUGGCAUACUAGCUCAGCGAUUUCAAGUUCUUCUUUCGACAAUGCAGAUGUUACCUGAAGCUGUACAAGAUGUGAUUGAGGCGUGCAUUUGUCUUCAUAAUUUAAUGCGAGACAGAUACCCAGCCCUACAAAAUGCCGCCCUUGAUAACGAGGAUGAAAACCACAAUCUCGUACCUGGACAAUGGCGACAGGAAACAAACAUGCAUGAUGUGGAACAAGUUGUUGGACCUAACCGUGCCACACGUGCAGGAAAACAGCUUCGAGAGUAUCUUAAGCUGUAUUUUAACAGUGCUGCUGGGUCUGUUCCUUGGCAGGACAGGAUGAUUUGA